AUGGCUCCCGCACAGCAGGCCCCCGCCCCCGCGCCUGCGCCUGCGCCAGCGCCAGCAAAGAAGGGCAAGGGGAAGAAGGCUGCCGAUCCCUCGGAGCAGCAGAAGCAGAUCCAGGCCAAGAUUGCUCAGCUCGAGCUGGACCAGGCCGGUGACAAAGAGCAAGAACUCGAGAUUGGGACUGUGGACGAGGUGGAAGUGGCGGCUUGUUUUGCGCACAUUGAAAAGGGCUUGGGCAUCCUUGCUCGCGAAGUCAAGAAAGCGAACCGCGAGCUAUCCUCCCUCUUGUCGAAUAUGGACCAACCGCUUCUACGCCUCGAGACCGUCCAGAAGCGAUAUACCGAACUGCUGUCCGACAUGAAGCGCACCGAACGCGAGCACCAGAAAGCGAAGAAGCGCGGAGAUCAGCUCCAGAAAGAGAAGGAUGCGCAGCGUUCCGAGCUGAACAAGGUUACCACCAUGAAAGACAAGCUGGACAAACUGUCGCGUGACUUCGCAAAAGAGAAUAAGAAGCUCAAGGACGAACUGCACAAGCUUGAGACAAGCGAGUCUACUGCCCGUCAAGAACUACAUGACCGCCUCGAGUAUCUGUUGAAGGACGUGGAUGAUUGUAUCGCGGCGCAAAGUCAACCUGAACCGCAAAACCAAGCCGACGUGGAACUGGACGAACUAUUUCGGCAAAAGUUCAAGUCCUUCAUCGAUCAAUACGAGCUGCGCGAGCUGCAGUUUCAUUCAUUACUACGGACGAAAGAACUUGAAAUACAGUACCAAAUGGCCCGUCUAGAACAGCAGCGCAAACAACAGGAGGCAGAGUCCUCAAAGUCCCACCAGCUCACUCGACAGGUUUCGACCUUUUCGCAGACGGAAACUGAGCUUCGCACGCAACUGAACAUCUACGUGGAGAAGUUCAAGCAGGUUGAGGAGACACUCAACAAUUCAAACGACCUGUUUCUUACCUUCCGCAAGGAAAUGGAAGAAAUGUCAAAGAAGACCAAGCGCCUAGAGAAAGAAAACCAGCAGUUGCAACGGCACAAGGAAAUCACAAAUCGCAAUAUAGGCGAAAUGGUGGAAGAGCGACAGAAAUGGCAAGAGGACCUUGCGAGAAAAACAAAGGAAAUCGAAGACCAACGGAAGAAGAUUGCUCGUCUCGAAACACUGUGUCGCGGCAUGCAAGCUCAAGGACGAGGUCAGGUGCCAAUGGCGGAGUUGGAGGAGGACGAGGAAGUGACGGAGAGCGACUACGAGGAGGAGGAUGACUACGAGGAAGAGGAAGGCAGUGGGGAUUAUGACGACGAUACAGAAGAGGAUGCCGUCGAGGCAGUACCGGAGCGGCGUCCAUUCGGCCCAGUGCCACCGCCUCCGCCUCCGCCACCACCUCAGAGUACUGCGAAUGGCAAGCUGAACGGCCAUAGACAACCCAAUGGGCAGAUCAAUGGAGUCAAGCGCUAA